AUGGCUAAUUCUAUGGCCUUGUUAACACAGCGUAAUUGUAUUCAAUUCGCUACCGCGCCGAUACCCACUUUCGAUGGCGAGAAUCCAGCUUUGUCGGUUUUCGCUCAGAGUGUAGAAAACGGGCUCGCGUUAAUACCAGAUACGUCGGAAACAGAGUAUCUGAGUAUCGUGUUGACUAAACUCACCGGUCCGGCGCGGAUUAGUAUCCAAGAUAAACAAUUCAACAAUGUAACUCAAUUGUUACAACAUUUGAAAAAACGAUACGCUCCUGGGAAGAACUUGGCGUAUUUCCAAGCUGAGGUUUCGCGCCUUAAAAUCCGUGAGGACGAAUCACUAAGGAAGUACAUCGACAGAGCCAGCAAACUUGCCCAUGGAUCUCGUAUCGCGAUCCGCGAGAGGUACACGACCAACGUGGAUCAGCUCAUCAAGGAGAUGGAAAUGGACAUCUUGGAGAAUUUCCUUGAGGGUUUACCGGAGCGUGUGGCCUGGAGAAUCGCCGCUCUGGACAAAAAGAUUAAAACUUUAGAAGAGGCGUACGAAGCUGUGCUACAAAUUGAACGUCGCCUCAAGAACCGACGACAGAUUCAGGAGAAGGCAUCACCUAGUCGUCGUAGAGAAGAGGACUUUCUCAGCUGGAGACGUCCUCGAGAGAAGGAACACAGGCGUGUGUACCCUCAGUCACCGUCACCCUAUCGGCAAAGACCAAGGGAUCGCAGCACAUCUGGUUCCGAACCGGAGUUCGAAGAACGAGCUUCACGUGCAACGGCGUUGACUUUACGUAAGCAUGAUUAUUCACGCUCUCCAAACCACUCACCGGAGGCGCCAAAAUAUGACGAGCCGUUCAACACCAAACACGAUGUUUACGACUUUUAUUGCGCAAACUGCAGUACGGAAGGGGCUGAAAUUUCCUAUUACCAUAAAACCUUGGUAACUCGUAACCAACCUAUUAAACCUAUAUUCUUCAGUAACGCUGAGGAGAUGGAACUGCAUCCAGUAUUGCCAAUUAAACAUAGAUUGCCAGGACGCACAGCUCUCCAAAUUGCAGUUCCAGUCGCAAAUCCGGAGGUUAUGGAAGGGUACCUAGCACGAAUCAAGACUCCUGAACAGGUCUACAUUGGAGAAGCAGCAGUCUGCAAUCAUGAUGGAAUUUGCUAUGUCCUAGCCACAAACACCGGAGAAGACGAAAUCGAAAUCGACAUUGAACCACAACGCAUACAUCCGUAUGAGAUUUUUGACUCAUCAGAUGACGAUCCUAUUCCUUCGUAUCUAGCAAAGGAAACAAAGGAAGACAGAACUACACGUAUCCAAGAUCUUUUAAGGACCGAUCAUCUAAACUCUGAAGAACGACAACAUGUGUUCAAAAUUGUCAGGGAAUUUUCUGAUAGAUUUUUCCUACCUGGAGAUAACCUGGGCAAGGUUCCAAAUUUUCAUCACUCUAUUUACACAACAGACGACAUUCCGAUUAAUACUAGACAGUAUCGGUACCCACCAGUACAUCAGGAGGAGAUACAACGACAGGUUGAAGCUCUGCUAUCGCAGGGUAUUAUUAGACCAUCCACCUCACCAUACAAUUCUCCUUUAUGGAUUGUACCGAAGAAACCGGACGCCGAUGGUAACAAACGUUGGCGAAUGAUUGAAAUGAACCCAAAGGACAGACAGAAGACCGCGUUUACAACCCCACAUGGACAUUUCGAGUUUGUGCGUAUGCCUUUUGGUUUGAAGAACGCACCACCGACAUUCCAACGCGUCAUGAACCGGGGAAUAUGGACUUACUCUACAGACUAA